UGAAGCGUGUUGUUUUUCAGACACAACCUAAGAAACUGAUUUCCCGACAUCCAGAAUUCCCAACCAGAACGUCGUUCAAAUCCAAUUUUUUUUCUUCCCUUUUUUUUUAAACAUAUCUUUUUGGGAUUUUCCUUCGAAUCUUUUCUUUUUUUUUGGGAAAUUUUGAUUUCCUUUUUUUUUAGAAUGAUUUCAAGCCAUGCGGUGGCUUCAGAAUAUUCCGUUUUAUUAUUCUUCGUCGUCGUCGUCGUCUUCCACGAUCGCCGGAUCGUCUGAAGCUUCUUCCGGUAAGCAUUUUCAAGAUAAUCAUAAUUACCAUAAGCGUACUCACAAGCAACAUCACAGUUACUUGGGAUUUCGCAUUGCGGGAUCUAAGCUGACGAAGCAAAAGGAGGUGACGCGUCUCAGCGACCGAGAGUUGUUGGCGGCUCCGCUGUCCCCCAGUAACGAUACUCCAUUGUCGUCUUCAGCUCCUACUUCGAGGACAACAUCGUCGUCGUUGGCGGUGCCGUUGCCGCUUCCGCUUCCAGUUCCAGAAGGAGACGGCGAGCAACGGUUGCCGUCGCUGAGUGAGGUUGGACACGGUAGAGGUUUAGAGGAUAAAGAUAGAGAAAAAGCAGAUGGAACUCCUUCCCAUUCAAGUAUGUUUGCGUCUCGUGAAUCGAGGAAGACAGCAGAGCAUUGGGACAUAAGAUCAUCCUCUAAGGUAUUCCAGCAAGAAGUGAAUCGUGGGGACAGUUCUCAGGAUGAGUUUAGGGUGAAUGCUCCUGUUAGGAGUGCCCCUGCGAGUCCGUUCAGUAGUCCGGCUCUUUUUAGCGCACACAGAAAGAGUACCAGUGAGAUGUUUCCGCACCACAUGGUUCCUACUGGUAAACAAGUUUGGUCUGCACCAGAGAUGCCAACGUUUGAUGUUCCAGGGCUUCCUCCCCCAGCAUUCUAUGAUUGCAGCAUAUUAAGCCCCGAUUACACUCCGCUUCACAGUCCACCAAAUAGAAGUCCACGUCGGAACUUUAGAAGCCAAAGCGGACCUCCUUCACCAAUACAUCAGGAGAUGUCACGUGAGUUCUCAUCAUCCCGGCCUGAAAGUAAUUGCCCUAUCAGUGUCCAUCCGUUGCCUCUUCCUCCAGGAGCAGCCAUGGCUUCAUCAUCAGCUUCCGUUCCCCAAGUUACAACUAAACCAGAGCCGUUGCCAAUGAAUUGUCAAUGGCAAAAAGGCAAGCUUAUCGGGCGUGGUACAUUUGGAAGUGUUUAUGUUGCCAGUAACAGAGAAACGGGAGCUUUAUGUGCAAUGAAGGAAGUUGAGAUAUUUCCUGAUGACCCGAAAUCUGCAGAGUGUAUAAAGCAAUUAGAACAGGAGAUUAAGGUUCUUAGCCAGCUUAAGCACCAAAAUAUAGUUCAGUAUUAUGGUAGUGAAAUAGUUGAAGACAAGUUCUACAUAUAUCUAGAGUAUGUUCAUCCUGGUUCAAUUAAUAAAUAUGUUCACGACCACUGUGGUGCCAUUACAGAAUCUGUUGUCCGCAAUUUUACUCGCCAUAUUCUUUCCGGGUUGGCUUACCUCCACAGCACAAAGACAAUCCACAGGGAUAUUAAAGGGGCUAAUUUGCUUGUUGAUGCAUCCGGAGUUGUCAAGCUUGCCGACUUUGGGAUGUCCAAACAUCUUAGCGGACAAAGAGCUGAUCUUUCUUUGAAGGGAAGUCCAUACUGGAUGGCUCCAGAGCUAAUGCAAGCAGUGAUGCAGAAAGAUAAUAGUUCUGAUCUAGCUCUAGCUGUUGACGUUUGGAGUUUGGGUUGUACCAUUAUCGAAAUGUUUACCGGCAAAGCACCAUGGAGUGAGUACGAAGGGGCUGCAGCUAUGUUUAAAGUGAUGAAGGAUACCCCUCCCAUUCCCGAAGCAUUAUCACCCGAGGGGAAGGAUUUCCUACGCUGCUGCUUCCAAAGAAACCCUGCAGAGAGACCAUCUGCAAGCAUGUUACUAGAGCAUCGAUUUGUAAAAUGCUCAUCUCAUUCAGGUUCCUCGUCUUCUAAUGGGCUAAAGUCCACGGAUAUGCCCCUUAGUCCUAGAGAGCGAUCUGAAUUUAAACUGGAUCAAUUGCCAGUGCAGCAAAGCCUACGAAGUUCAAAGUCCAUCACUCCUGACAGGGAAAUUACACAACGAUCUCAUUACAAGAGCUCCGACUUAAGACUAGCCUCACGUAAUUCUCCUCGUUCUACCCUCGAGACUCUUCCUAGUUUGUCUCCUCCACGCUCGGGUCAAAAUACUCAUCACCCCAGCCCAUCUAGUAGCAUGAACAGAUAUAUCAACCAGGAGCCUAGGAAGCUCCAUAUUUUCAGAUAACAAAUGCAGAGAGGAAAACAAAGCACUGUACAUUGUUUUCGAGGUUUCUGUGAAUAAAGCAAAAGCUUCGAGCAUUGCAUUCAACACAUGAGAAGAUGCCAUAUAACUUGUGGCCAUGGGGAGCUGAACUAAAAACUCCCUGAGGACCUGAUCGGCUGUCAUUGAAGUUCUCCAGGCUUGGAAGCGUAUCCAGAAACAGGAUAUAUAUAUAUAUAUAUAUAUAAGCAAGUUUUUUGUGUGGAAUGUAGUUAUUGGUUUUUUUUUUUUAGAGCUUCCAAAAUUGAGAAAGCUCUUUUUUCAUGUAUCCUAGAGAAGGUGACAUUUUGAGCUCCAUAAGUACAAUGAAAUAGUUGAGUUUAGAAGGCUUAAGUUAGCUAUACGUAUAUAUAUAUGGUGUGUGUGUUUGUAUAUGUAUAUCACUCUUCUAAUUGGCUAAUUCCCAAAUCUGAGUUACCCUCUA